AUGUCGACUACCAACAAUAAUGACAUUGAAUCCAAUGGUCUAUCAGUAGAAGAUAAGACUUUUAAACCACCGCAUUUGAUUCCAUUGCCUGAUGAUAGCCCGACUCACACAAGUUCGAACGGGACUUUUAAAGCACCACAUUUAAUACCACUACCUGGUGAUAGUUCAACUCACACAGGUUCGAACGGGACUUCUAAAGCAUCGCAUUCAAUACCAUCAACUGAAGAUCGCUCGACUCACACAGGUUCGAACGGGACUUUCAAAGCAUCGCAUUUAAUAUCAUCAACUGAAGAUCGCUCGACUCGCACAAGUUCUAAAAGAUUAGAAGAUCAAGCUGCCACAGCAGCUCUAUACGUCACGAACCAGAACAAUCGAAAGCCCAGGUCGGGCCAUGAAUUUCUCGACAGCGAUAACAAAUUAUCAUCUGCUGGUGCAGCAGCAUCCCUCAAGUACGCAAAUCCCCGAGAUUUACCAAGUUAUCCCUCUGCGGGUCUGAAAAGAAAUCAGUCGGCAGCCGGGGCAGCAGCUUCUUUGGGUUGGCAGAAUCAGAAAACAUUUGAACAUUGGAAGCCAGAUCCAUCCAUGUCAGCGUCUACUGCUGCGAUGUUAGCUAAGGAUUACAAGAUGAAGCCUCUUUGGCAGCCAGAAGCAAGUUCACAUGGCGCAAAAGCAGCUUUAUUGGCCCACAAAGCUAACAAGGGUGUCGAUUUGUGGAAGCCGGAGCCUACGACAUGGGGAAAUUCUGCUGCGACUCAAGCUAUGAAGAAGGGAAACACAUUAUCGCCACAAAUAGAUUAUGGACAUACUGCUGUUGGACGACAAGGUUCCCUUCAGGCCGCAACUGGUGCUAUGGCUAGCAGCAGGAAACGUGCAAACUCAACUCCGUUGAAGGCACCGAGGCCUGAAACAUAUCCUGAUGAAGCCAAUGCUUCUAGUAAUGCCUUGAAGGCCGCAGUUGCCGUUCAUAAAUCCCAGACUAUUCGAAAAUCUAACACAUUCGAAAAGGGUGUCGGAGCAGUACCAUUCACAACAAUGCCACGAGAAAUGUAUACAUCCCAUCCGCCUGUUGAACAGUUUGACCAAGAUCUGAAUAAAGACCAACAUCGAGAAGAUGUCUUGAAAGCAUCGGCCAUUGCUAUGGCUAAGAAGAUGUAUAACCAACAGCAAAAACAAUCCAAUGAUGCUUCCCAUGCACAAUCUGGCGCAGCGGCUGCUCAUGGUCAGCGACGACUUUCCAUAGACAGUGACGAUGAACCUACGCCAAUGCGCUUUAAUAAUCUUCAAGAAAAGGCCCAACAGCUCGCCAACGAGCGACUAUCGAAGAUGUACACUGAGGAUAGUCAAAAUCGUGAAUAUCGAGAUUAUUAUGGAGGCACUUCAAAUGUAUCCUCGAGAUUAUCCAUACGAGGUCGAACGAGACGUCGAUCUUCCAGCUACGAUGAGGAUCGCAACCAAUCCGACAAAAUUCGGGCUCAGAUGAAUACAUUCUCAAGCAAGCUCUCUCAAGUGGAUGAGAAAAAGCGACAACAAGAUCGUGAAGCGUUGAUUGCCGCAGCUCAGCGCAACGUCAACAAAAGUCUUCACGGUAUGGACGAACGAGUAUUUGCUGAUACCGGCAAGGUCGCUCCAUCUCUACUUAACGAAUGGGAGUUGAAAGCACAUCAAGCUGCUCAGGCCAAGAGUGAAGCUAGAUUGGAAAAUUUUGGCAAAGUCAACAUUGGUGGUGGUAAAUUUGUCGAUCAGAGUGUGGUUGAUGCUGCCGCUGCUAAGAACGUUCAGCCAAUAUUGAAUGAGAUGAAUACUAAAGCGGAAGCACAAAAGUAUCGAGAUGCCGAAUCAAAGAUCGAUGAAGACCGCCGAAGGAGAAAAUCCCAAGAAGCUAAGAUGAGAGAGAAAGAGUCUUCAGAUAUUUACAAGAAAUUAAAGCAACGAGAGAAAGAGGAAGUGAAAGAGCGCAAAGCCAGCGAGACAAUAAAUCAAAAGGAGCGUCGUAAAUCCAUUACGAAAUCCGAACCUGACGUUCCAGUCUCAACAACAUCUCCCACCACUAUAACUGGUGAAUCUGAACGUCCUACUACAGCCCCAGCCAUAGCCUCAGCACCCGUUCGUACAUCUUUGGAGGACCAAGCUGGUGUCCGCAUGUCUGGAGCUGUAAAUGAUUCCAACGCACCUCAACAACCUACACCUAAUACUCCAUCACCAAUAUCUGAAAGUGGUUCCAAGGUCAAGAAUUGGCUCAAGUCUAAAUUAGGAAGAGGAUCUGGUCGUCAUUCAAAAUCCCUUUCUGAAUCUAGCGCUAAAAAAGACGCGGCGGGCACUGAGAAAGGAUUUGUGGGCGGACAUUCUUAUACAGGCGCGAGUAUUAAUGAUAGCAAUACAUCACUUAGUCGACACAGUGUUCAGGAUGUUGCGAAUGCCACUCUUGUUCCGGGGAUUAGUCCUAUUGUUUCUGCAACGCAGGAACCGCAAGAAUUCGAGACAACAGGUAUAAAUAAGACGAAAGCAGAAGAUGAUGUUAGUAACCUUAGCGAAUAUAGCGAUAAGGGCAAGGGCAAGGGCAAAAAUAAGAUUCUGAGCGGCGAUGAAGACGAAGAUGAGUUUCAGGAGGCGAGGGAUAACUUUGAUGAUGAUUUGGCACCGCCCAGACCAUUUUCUUCUCAGGAGGAUGCUAGUGAAAAUCUAGGUAGAACUGCUAGAUUUCAUGAGGAGAUUUAA